UUUUGUUCUGUUAUUUUAAUAAAUUUAUUUUACAAAUACAAAUAAUGGAUUAGUAUAAACAGUUAUGGGAUCUUUACUCUCUAAAGUUUCAGAUGCUGCUGGAAAUAUCUUUGCCACUAAAUCUGAAACAAAGAAAGAAGAAAAGUCAUCAACACCCGAAGAAAAUAAAAUAAAUGAACCUAGUAAUGAUAAAACAGAAGAAAAUAGUACCAAUAACCCUAUAAAUGAAGAAGUUAAAGAAAAUGGCACACUCCCACGAACAAAUAAUGACUCUGAAGAAAAUACCAAUGGUCAUAGCACUACCUCUAUUGAACUGAGCAAUAAGGACACGUUAAACGCAAGAGAAAACGUUAAAGCACCUACAGGGGAUGUAACAUUUCAAGAAAAUACCCCCUUACAAACAUCUCAACCGCAAGAAAAUGCAUCUGUUCCAAAAAAUAUUUCUUCGCAAGAAAAUCCAAUGGAACAGAAUGUACAUGCAGAUGUGGAUAAAGAAAUUUUUGUGCUAUCAGAAAGGGAACUUAAUGGGAAUACAGGUUUGCCAUCUAUUAAUCUCUCAAAGCAUACACGUGUCUUAAAAGAUACGUGGAAAUUCCAAGACCUAUACCCUAAGAAGGAAGAUGAUCAAAAUUCGGAGUACCAAAGGGGAAGUUCGAGCUAUGUCAGGACCUCUUAUAGACCCCGGGGCAGUAGCACUGGAACAGCUGGUUUAAAACGGACAACGAAUCAUAUGAAGUUCAGUAGGCCUACACACGAUUCCUAUUAUUCAUACAACCAAUCACAUCAUAAUAAAUAUAAUAGAGGCUUUCCUAGAGGGGGUAGGUAUUCAUCGCUUUCUACAAAAACGCUCCUUAAAAAAGUUCAGUUUAAUGAGACUUUAAAAAGUAAAAGUGAAACAUAUAUGCCACAACCUAAUGUUAGUGCAACGAGUGAAACCCAAGAUAACACCUUGUUAUUGAAUGAACGGGAUAUAUUCGAUGACCUUAAACGAUUUCAAAGUCAAACACCUCUAGUAGAAAGCAGGGAAACUAUUAAAAGACCGUAUUAUAAUAUAAAUGAACAAACACAAGCAAAUUAAAUGUUGUUCUUUUGUAUAUUUAUUUGUUUUACACAAAUCUACGUACUGUGU